AUGCCGGGCAUACUACCUAUGAAGGUCAUUAAGGUGGGCACCAGCUCACAAAGCCGGAUUGCCCAGGCCUGUGACCGUUGUCGCAGCAAGAAAAUCCGCUGCGAUGGCAUCCGGCCUUGCUGCUCACAAUGCGCCAACGUCGGGUUUGAGUGCCGCACCAGCGACAAGCUGAGUCGGCGCGCAUUUCCUCGCGGCUACACCGAAUCGCUAGAGGAACGCGUGCGCCAGCUCGAGUGUGAGCAACCAUCGCCAUUCUUCACUCGCUUCACAGAUGCCUCCUUCGCCCGCAACUGCUUCGGUGGCAUCUCCCUCUGCCUCGUCCGCUACCAAUACCACAGCCUCCGACAAUGGUUCAAAUCAGUCCUCGGCUUCUUCUUCUUCUCCUUCUUCCUUAUCGCCAGGACCCUUGGUGUCAACAGCAGCAACUCACAAAGAUUAAAGAGAGACUCGAGAUCACCCACUGCUCCGCCAUAUGCAGAGGACACAUUCCGCGUGCAGGCGUCGCCGUUGUUAUUGGGUGUUGAAAACUCAGACUCCUACUUUAUGGGUGCAUCGAGCGGCCGUUCUUUCAUCGAAACAUUCAAACGAAAAUUGCAGGAAAGUGGGAAGUCGUGUUCUGACUUCCAUUCUGAGGCAUUCCUUCACAUUCAGGGCUGUUACCCCCUUGUCGAAAAUGCUGCAUCCCUGCCAUUACGGGUGCCACCGCGCAUGUUCACAGACCGUUGUGUCAACGUCUACUUCCAAGAAUGGUCACCACUGUUCCCCAUUCUGCACCGCCCUGCCUUUCUGCGCAUCUACGAUGACUUCGUCAGCGACCCCGACAAGGUCAAGAACCACCACAAGCUGGCGCAGCUUUAUCUCGUUUUUGCCAUUGCAGCCCUUUCCAGUGAUCAGCCUGAUCUCGAACAAGUUGCGAUUUGCGAGCGACAAUGGCAGCGGUCGCUGGAGGCUGUGCUUAUGGACAACACCAUCAUCACCCUCCAGUGCCUUGUUCUUGCCCUUCUGUACUGUACUGCGCGCGCCGAUUACAAGCGCUUGCAGUACUACAAAGGAAUUGCUGUCAGCCUGUCUCAUCGUCUCGGCCUGCACCAGAGCCAAAAGCGGUUUUCUUUUGGCGCACUGACCAUUGAGACCCGCAAGAAGGUCUUCUGGACUCUGUACACGUUGGAUUGCUUUUCGGCCGCCGUCCUGGGCUUGCCGAAGCUGCUGAAGGACGACGAUAUCCACACGGAAUACCCCACGGACACUGAUGAUGAGUAUGUUACGGAGAAGGGCUUCCAGCCGACAUUGCCCGGCGAGUCCACCCGCGUGUCGGCUGCCCUCGCUCUCUUCCGCGUCUCUCGCAUCCUUGCCAAGGUAUUGGAGACAAAUUACCCGGCUGCUGCAACGCAUGAGCUGUCGCUUCAGCAGAUGAGUGCUCUCGAGACCGAGCUGAUGGAGUGGCGUGACGCUCUGCCAAAGCAUCUGGCGCUUACCUUCCGCCAAGAGAAACCCUCUACUGAUUCCCUUACCUACUACUAUAUCCGCACUCUGAUCUGGCGCCCGGCCGUCGGGUCCUCUCUGGGUUCAAAGGCAGGGUCUGCUCUGAUGGCAAUCAGUGAAUCCAGCAAGCACAUAGUACAGAUUGUGGAGCUAUUGGAGGAGCGAAAGAUGUCCUUUUCUCUGUGCAUGAACGAGCCGGAUAUUCUCAUCAUUUGCGGCAUGACAUUGCUGUAUCAGAGCAUGAGUCUGAAACCGGACAGCAAGAUUUUGAAGGAUAGCGAGCGGCUCAUCAACGCGGCGAUCAAGAUUGCGGACCGUACAAAGGCCCCUGGUUGCUAUGACUUCAAGCGUGUGGCUGCCAUGAUUGUGAGCGUGGACGACCUGCCAGCACCCGUUCCCAGCGUUUCGCGCCCCAGCUCGGAGUCGGCCGCGACAGCCCCGACACGGCGUGCGUCUCAGUCCGGAAGUCAGCAGAGGAAAGUGAAGCAUAUUCUUGGCAGACACAACAGCGCCAGUGUAAGCGAGACGGACUUGCUUUUGCAGCAGGAAAAGCUUCGGCGUAUGACGAUGCCGACAUCCACGACUAUGACUGCGGGUUCUCUGGGCAUCAAGGCCGAGCCGAGCCCGCGCUCUCGGUCCUCGUUCGAUGGCUCUCGUGACCAGCGCCCACAGCACCGGCUGUCGCUGUCUCAGGCACAGAUGCUCAGCCGCUUUUCCCAGCUACAGCAACAACAGCAACAGCAGCAGCAGCAACAACAACAACAGAGAAUGGCGCAGAAGAAGAACUUGGACUAUCUUGCCAUGGAUGGCAGUGGAAAUGAUGGGGACCAGUCGCCGUCCUCGCCAGCGCAGCCAAGGAACGCUCAGCACCAGCCACACCAGCAGAUGUAUUACGCAAGCCACAAACCAGCGUCUAUGGCCGGCGUGACCCCUGCAGACUGGGAGGCGUUAUUGGGCUCGAUGGACGGCGGACACAUGAACGUGUACGAUGCCAUCUACGGCGGCCCAGCGAUCGGGCUGGCGCAAGGCUCGGAGCAGGCGCAGGCGCAGGCGCAGGCACCAGCAUCUGCAACGUCACAAUCGGGCGACGGCUGGUCGCCUGAGUCCUGGGACCUGUCUGGGUUUACGCUUGCCGACUUGGGACCCGGUUCACACAGCAGUGGUCCGGGCAGUGUGCCGCCACCGGCCCAGAGCGUGCUGAGCUUUAGCGAUGAGAGCCUGAGUGGUGAUGAUCUAGCGUCGACGGAUCUAGCCAGUCUUGGUCUCAGCGGCCUGGAUCUGGGCAACCUCAACUACCGGAACGGAAACCACAUGUUGAACAACAACUGCGCACCACAGACGGAAGCAUUUGUCAUCGACGGCAUGGAGGCCGAUUUUGUGUUGUAG